UGUGUUAAAGAAAUAAACAUUUACAAUGGAGUCUAAAACUGAGGCUGCAAAGAAUUUGCUCUGUAUGGCCUGUUUGUGUGUGGAAAAAUCUUUAAAAGAAUUCAUAUCACUUGAUAUUAUCAAGUAUUAUUUGGAUUGUAUUAACGAAAUUUCUCUCUGUGAUAUACCAAAGUCUAUAACAAUAUGCUGGGAGUGUGAAGCAAUUUUGAAGAGAGCUGUUAGCUUCAGGGAACAAGUUAAAGAUUCAUAUCGGAUACUGCAGACUUACACGAGUGAAAAUCUUGCAGAACGUCUUCUGUCAGAUGUGUCUAGACCUCCUAGAUUAAAAGUGGUUGUUAAUAAAAAUAUCGAUAUUACACCAAAAAAUGAUUGGUUACAAGAUUGGAGUCAAUUAGAUUGUGUUAAAGAUGAAUUGAAAAUUGAAGAUGACAAUAUAAGGAAUAAUUUGGAAGAGAUAAACACUUUGUUAUCGGAUAGUUCAGAUAUAGACCAAGAUAGACACACUGAGAUCACCAAUAUUCAGAACCAGAAUGAAAAGACUGAUGGGACAUCUCAGGACAAAGAUAUUGAUACAAACAGACCGAAAGAUUUGCAGAUUGUUUGUGUUAAAGAUGAAUUAAAAAUUGAAUAUGACAAAGAUUUACAAGAUUACUCAGACACAAAAGACACUUUAUCAUCAGACUGUUCCGAUUUGGAACUGGACAGUGAAUUACAGAAGUUCAUAAGAUCAAAGAAGAAUAUAAAAAAUAAAAGAGAACGAGGUAAAGUUGUCAAAAAGGGAAAGUUAAAGGAGAGUUCUAAAAAGUCGAAAAAAUCAUUAGAAGAGAGUCGUAAGAUAUUAACAAUUGAAUUGACAUACGAAGAUAUGUUGUUGGAAAGAGAGAAAGAAAAAGGAAGAGAUGUGUUUAACAAAGCGAAGUAUAAAUGUGAUACAUGUAUUAUUGGAUAUAAUAGUUACAAAACUUAUAAUACACAUGUAACAAACAAACAUAAGUCGGAUAUAGGUAAGCACAGAUGUCCUAUAUGCAGUGUUUUACUUUCUUCGGUUGAAUCUUUUACUGAACAUUGUAAAAGACAUUUUAGGAGAUACGAGUGCGGGAUCUGUCAGAAACGUACCAUAGACAAGAAGGCGAUAGAGCAGCAUUAUUAUACAACGCAUGAGAUAUCUUUAAAGGAAUAUCAAUGUAAUCUGUGCGGGAAGAUAUCUAAUUCAAUAGACAGCCAUCGCUACCAUAGAGACAGUCACAAAUCUAGAGUUCAGUGCACAGAUUGUGAGAAGACAUUUAGUCAUAGAGCGGGCCUCGUCAACCAUAGACUAGCGGUACACGAAUUACAAAACACAUUCCCUUGUACAAUAUGUGAUAAAGUAUUUCGUUGGAGGACUAGUUUGAAACGACAUCUCGAAAAACAUGAUACUAAGACAAAGGCGACAAAUAGUGGGGCAGCUUUUUGUGUCACUUGUAGUAUAGAAUUCUCAUCAAUAUGUUCCUACAAGAGACAUUUACGUAAUAGUUUAAAACAUGUAUCAAGAGAUCAACUAAAAUUUAUAUGCGACCAUUGUAAUAAACGUUUCGCGGACAAAACUAAACUUAGAGAUCAUAUAGAAGAUAAACAUUUACAUAAAGUAUAUAAUUGUCAUAUAUGUAAUAAGGCUACAAAGAAUCGAGUUGGUCUAGAUCAACAUAUAAGAUAUGUACAUCGGGACAGACCUAAUAAUAAAAUGUGUCAUUACUGUGGCAAAGGAUUUCCUACUAAAGUUCAGUUAGAAUCUCAUAUUCGUACACAUACAGGGGAGAGACCUUUCAUAUGUGAAUACUGUCCUACGACAUUUUCACAGAAAUCUAAUUUAUAUAAACAUAACAGACAGGUACAUUUAAACAUUAAAACUAAAAGAUACAAUAUCUGUAAGAAGAGAAAAGAAGAUAAAAAAGAUGUAUAUCCUUCGACGGAAGAAAAAGUAAAUGAAUUACAGAAGAGUUGUCCUGAAUUAUUUCUUGGUAAAGGAAAUUCUGAACAAUUUAUUGUCAGUUGGUGAUAUCACUUGCCAUUAUUGUAUUAUAAAGGUGUCAGAUUCAUUUGACACGAUUGGUAAUAGAUGUUAAA